GGUGAGUGAAGCCGGUCCACAGCAUCUUCCUCACACGCAGCCCGAACCCGGCGGAUGGAGCAGACGGGCCGACGAGUUGUUCACGGCGAAAGCUCCUGGCGACCCCCCCCGGCCGGUGACCCCUGAACCCGGCACGGCGCGUCGUUUUUUCGUGGUACUUGCGCGUGUUGCUCGGGCGUCAGCGUCGAGCUUUUGAACGUGUUUUCGCUCCGCGUGAAUGUUAGACGGACCCGAGCGUCUUUCCCUUUCUGACUGUUGCGAUGAUUGAGACAAAGAGGACGGACGCGGCUUGAAUGAAGACGCCAACUGGCUUCACCGAAAAAGGGUAUUUUAACUUCACGAUGCCGUCGGCGACAGAAAGUAAGUGAGCGCGCGCUGAAACGUGUAUUCGCUUAACUUAACGCCAAGUGCUCGCGACGCAUCCGUCAACUGUUCGCUGACCGUUAAGUUGUUUUUAACGGUUGACGCUAUUAAAGUAGUCAAUUUGGACUCUUUUUAGCUUGAGUGCAAUCGUAGCUUCUUCGCUUUGGGGGGUUUCACGCACGCUGACCUGUACGCCUCCGAGAGGUGUCAAAGGUCAAGAGGAUCCGAACCUUCCCAUCAGGUCAGGACCAGGUUUGUUAAAGCCGGCGUGGGAUCCGUUAAAGGGCUUCUGACAGUAAAAAUGUGCCUCCAGUUAUGCAUUCACAGUGGCCACAUCUAACUCCUGCGUUUCGCUUGUAGAAGAAGAACUUUUUGGAGCUGUGUGGACGGACGGGAUGACGCGCGCCUAAGGCAGGCCUCCUGGAGACCGCUUUCAGGAUGAGCCACGGUCCAAACCUCGUCCUCGAGUGGCUUUCUAAGCUCCACCUGGCCCAGUACGUGGAGUCCUUCAUUGACAAUGGCUACGACGAUCUGGAGGUUUGUAAACAGAUUGGGGAGCCAGACCUCGACGCCAUAGGCGUGCAAAUUCAGUACCACAGGCACCGGCUUCUCGCAGCGGUGCACGAGCUGAAAUACGAGGACGGCAGCAAAGCGCCCGGCUACUAUUUUACCUUAGAGCCCCUGGAUCCCUCUACCUGCAACCGCUCUCUACUCCCAAACAGACAAGACGGCAUCCGGACUUUGAGGUCACGACCCCGUACCGCGGGGACACACGAGGCCUCUUGUCCUGGAAACCAUGACCUGAGAUUUACAGACUGUAAGGAUUUUGUGACUUAUCCCAGACUGAAGCUCAAGGUGCUGUUGAGGGAUAAACUUGCAAAAGAUGGAAUCAACCUGGGAGAAGCACCUUACACCCAUAAGGAUGGAUCUGUGGGGAACCUCGAUGAUCUGGUUCAGGAGUAUUCUCAGUACUACGGAACCUCGCUCAGCGACGUGUGUGACAGGAUGGAGGAGCUACGGAAACGCAAAGUAGUGCAGGACGCAGAGAUGGGAACCGUUGACUCAGUGGCCACGUCGUUGCAGCUCCGCUCUCAGAUCCAGGAAUCCCUCGGGCUCAGCAGUAUGACAAACACACCAGAGACUGAAAGAAGGUUUCCUGUGCAGAAAUCUAGCUCGGAUGAUGGAUCAGGAGGAAAAUUGGACGGGAAGAGAAAGAACAGGUCUUUAUGGCAGAGUUUUCGAAAGCCACAGAAAGCAGCGCUGCGUCAGAUCUCAAAAGGUGAUGACGUUGGUUUUGUGGCCAGCGAGGUCACCAUGAGUGAUGAAGAGCGCAUCCAGCUGAUGAUGAUGGUGAAGGAGAAUAUGAUCUCUAUAGAGGAAGCCUUGGCUAGGCUGAAGGAGUUUGAAGUGCAAAACAGACAGACGUGCAGGUCCGAAACCACAGAAUGCGCCGACUCCUCCAGCCUCGCCACCAAUGAGUCGCUCAACUGCAGCCCUUGUGACCUGUCAGACAACGAACAAGAGGAGUCUGUGACCUUCAGGAGACUCCAUAAACUGGUCAACUCAACCCGAAAGGUGAAGAAGAAGCUGAUCCGAAUCGAUGAGUCCAAGAAGCCUGGAGCAGAGGAUAGCCCAAUGAUGGAUGGCCUUGCUUUUGGAGACGCCAGCACCUCGCUGUACUCUGAUGUGCAGAAGAAGCUCACUGUUUGCCCCGUGGACUCCCUGGCGUCCUCUCUGCGGGACCAGCUCACCUACGACAGGGACAGAUUGACCACCUCCCCCUCCUCCAGCUGCCUGGACACCUGCAGCAGCCACAAGAUGUCCCAGGCCUUUAAAAAGCCAAGUGGAAGCCCUGUUCAUAAGGAGACUCGUGGAGAAGUGGACGUGGGGGAGGCAGGGGAAGGCCCUGGCUCUUCCUUUUCUGAAAUGGAGGGUUGUGAUAAUGAGGAACCUAAAAUCGCUCGCUCUGUUACCGAAGGAGAGCUCCGUCACCGGAUCCUCAGCCCACUCAGUCAACACGGGAGAGCUUGUAGCUUCGGAGGUUUUGACCUGACCAACCGCUCACUGCAUGCGGUCAUCUCCAACAAUGACGACGUUAAUAAAGACGGAGAUGGGGUGAGGGAUCUCAUUAAGUCUCCAACAGCAUCCCGUAUUUCCCUCGGCAAAAAAGUCAAGUCUGUGAGAGAAUCCAUGCGAAAACACAUAUCAAAGCGAUACCACUGUUCUCUCUCUGAGCAGUCGAGCCCGCAGCGCAUAUGCAGCUGCCCUCACUCGCCUCAGACGGACUCCGACUCUUUGGAGAAACACAAGCUGAAGCCGGGAGGGUCUGUGGAGAGCCUGAGGAGUUCCCUCAGCGGCCAAAGUUCCAUGAGCGGUCAGACUGUGGGCACCACCGACUCCUCCAACAGCAACCGAGAGAGUGUAAAGUCUGAGGACGGGGAAGAGGAUGAGCUGCCGUACCGCGGACCCUUCUGUGGACGCGCUCGAGUUCACACGGACUUCACCCCCAGUCCCUACGACACAGAUUCGCUCAAACUUAAGAGUGGCGACGUGAUCGAUGUCAUUAGUAAGCCUCCCAUGGGUACGUGGAUGGGAAUGCUCAACGGGAAGGUCGGCACCUUCAAGUUCAUUUAUGUGGAUGUGGUGAGUGAAGAGGAGGCGAAGCCCAAAAAGACACGCAGGAGGAGGAAGGCCCGGCAACCCAAACCCACGUCUGUAGAGGAGCUCCUUGAUCGCAUCAACCUCAAAGAGCAUCUUCCCACGUUCCUAUUUAACGGCUAUGAGGAUCUGGACACAUUCAAGUUGUUGGAGGAGGAGGACCUGGAUGAGCUGAACAUCAGAGACGCCCAACACAGAGCUGUGCUGCUCACCGCAGUGGAGCUGCUGCAAGAAUAUGAUGGCGGGUCAGGAAGCAGCGACCCGGAGCGAGGCAGCCCGUCUGGAGGCUCUCAGGAGAAGCUGCUCCUGGACAGGCGUGGCCUCGCGGGAAACUCGCCGCGGGACUCGGGCUGCUACGAGAGCAACGAGCACCUGGAUAACGGAAGGGACAAAAGGACGUCUUCGUCGAUGAGCACGUCGUCCUCCGGUAUUGAGUCAAGCCACCUCCCCUCCGCAGAGCCACCACCCACAACUCCGUCAGAUAGGUCCAAUCAUCAUGUGACGACACCUCCCCUACCAAACCCCCACCCAGAGCCCGGACCACCAGAGACCCCCACCUUGUUCAUCCACACGAACCUCAUUUCGUCACACGGGCUCAGUGGGAGUUCUUCCGUUUCCGCUAGUUCUGAAGCCCGGCGUCUGAAGAUGAACCGAAAGAAGACGGCGACCAAACCCUCAGUGAAUCCGGGUUCCCUGAAAGCAUAAAGGCCCCGGUUCUGUAACCGCGAUCUGACAACCCGGCCGCUUACAUCAGUGAACGGUUUCUUCUGAACUGCUGUUUUAAUAGCAGACACUUGAACAAAGUUUUUUUCAGAACAUUUUAAAGGAGCAGUGUGCUCAUCCCAAGAAUUUUUUUUUAAAUUAUUUUCAGGUGCAAAUACUCAAACAAGUAAAUAAGAUUAUAUUCCAUUUGUGUGUAUAGAUUCCCUCAAAAACAACUUGUCCUUUAAGAUUAAUCUUAUUUUUCCAUUUACUGUAAUAAUCUGUGAAAAUGCAACCAUGGAUUUGUAGUCUGUGUACUUCAUGUGAGCUCAUAAUGCAGAGAACUGUAGCAGAAAGCUAAAUACAAUAUUGCGUUGUCACUUUUUCACAGCU